AUGGCCUCGUCUUGGUCUGCCCGGGCUGCCCUCUUCUGUCUCGGGCUGUGUCUGCGGCAGGUGGUCCAGGCGCAGGGCGGGUCCCUGCCCGCGCCCACCCUCCAGGCCCUGCCCAGCGCCCUGGUGCCGCUGGACAAGCCGGUGAACCUGCGCUGCCAAGGCCCGCCCGGCGUGACCGUGUACCGCCUGGAGAAGCUGCGGUUGGAGCCCUACGAGGGGAAGUACGAGGACCAGGACUCCCUCUACAUCCCGGCCAUGAUGGAGAGCGACGCCGGCCUUUACCGCUGCUCCUACCAGGAAGGCAGUCGCUGGUCCCCGCCCAGCGAGAAGCUGAAGCUGGUGGCCACCGGCGUGUACAAGAAGCCCACACUCUCUGCCCAGCCCGGCCCGGCGGUGCCCCCCGGCGGGGAUGUGACGCUCCAGUGCCGGAGCCAGUACGGCUUCGACCAGUACGCCCUGUACAAGAAGGGGCACCCGAGGCAGGACAAGGGCCUGGAGCGCUGGUACCCGGCCGACUUCCCCAUCAUCACCGUCACGGCUGCCCACAGCGGGACCUACCGGUGCUACAGCUUUUCCAGCGACAACCCGUACCUGUGGUCCGCCCCCAGCGACCCCCUGGAGCUCAUGGUCACGGGGCCUUCCAGCGCACCCAGCCCGUCACCCACAGAGGCACCUUCCUCUACAACACGCCUCACCCAUCAGGACUACACCAGGGGAAAUGUGAUCCGGCUAUGCCUCGGGGCUGCGAUUCUCCUGUUCCUGGUGGGCAUCCUGGUAGAAGACUGGCACAGCCGGAAGAAGUUCCCGCUGCUCUGGGUCCCCACUAUCCACAGGCCACUCCCACCCCUCCCGCAGGCCCCGAAGUCACAGGGCAGUCAGGAUGGGGGUCGACCAGUUGGCCAUCCCCAGGGUUUGCCACCAUCAGAACCUCAAAACGUGGUUGUAUCCAAGAGGUCAUGA